GGGAAGAGGGCUGAACCUCGAAGCCGCCGGGGGAACUUGAAGAGAGCAGAGAGGAGGAGGAGGAGGAGGCGGAGGAGGAGGAGGAGGAGGAGGAGAAGGAGAAGAAGGAUUGAUAUAACGAGGGGCUCUCGAUGCGCAGCGCAAUUCUCACUCCAAGUCCUUUUGAGCCAAGACCGAUAGCGCGCUGCAGGCUUUCCCCCAUUCAUCUCGAGCGCAGAGAAACUUUUCUUUUCUCGCAUAUAUACAUUUAUUCACUUUUUUUUUCAAAACGAGAAACCGCACGAGACGUCCGAGUUGGGAAGUUUUUAAAUUCCGCGUUGAAUUUGCAUGACAUUUUCUUCUUUAAAGGACACUUUCCUCGUUCCGCCGCGUGCUGCGGGAUAUUGAGCCGAGAGUCCAGGAGGGGGAACUUCUCAAAUGCAAAAGUACAUGUAUGAGAAAGCGAUGGCCCAAGAGACAAGGAACGGAGGAACCUCUACGUUAAACAACAACAACGGCGUCGACAACAGCAAGAAGAAGCUGCUGAUAGCGCUCGACAUCUUCUGUCUUCUGCUUGCUAGCCUGCCUUUCCUGAUCAUUGAGACUAGCACCAUAAAGCCGUACCAGCGUGGGUUUUACUGUUCGGACGAGUCCAUCCGCUUCCCCCGAAAAGUGGGAGAAACCAUUAGCGACGCGGUGCUCUGUGGUGUCGGCAUUCUUAUUGCCAUCUUCUCUAUUGUGAUUGGAGAAUGCUUCAGGAUUCACCAACUACGCGAAGGAACCAAGUCUUUCGUCGGGAAUCCCUAUGUGGCAGCCCUCUACAAGCAGAUGGGCGUGUUUCUCUUCGGAUGUGCCGUCAGCCAGUCAUUCACCGACAUCGCCAAGGUGUCGGUGGGCCGCAUGAGGCCCCACUUCUUAGAUGUGUGUAAGCCGGAUUUCUCCACCAUCGACUGUUCACUGGGAUACAUCACCAACUACACCUGCACUGGCGAAGAGAGCGAUGUACAGGAGGCCAGGAAAUCAUUCUUCUCAGGACAUGCCUCUUUUUCAAUGUUUACCAUGCUCUACCUGGCUUUCUACCUCCAGUCCAGGUUUUCGUGGCGCGGCGCUCGUCUGCUCCGCCCGCUGCUCCAGUUCACCCUGCUGAUGAUGGCCUUCUACACCGGCCUGUCGCGCGUCUCCGACCACAAGCACCACCCGACCGACGUCCUGGCGGGCUUCGUGCAGGGCGCCCUGGUGGCCUACUGCAUAGUGUACUACGUGUCGGACCUGUUCAAGCCCAGGGUGAAGCCGGCCACGCCCCCGCCCUCCCCCAUCAAGAAGGAGCUGCUGCCUUCGUCCGACAUCAUCGAGAGGAACAACCACCACAACAUGGUGUGAGAGAGAGAGAGGGGGGGGGAGAGAGAGAGAGAGAGAGAGAGAGAGAGAGGGAGAGAGAGAGAGAGAGAGAGGCCCGCCACUUCUUCCUGUGACUCGAGGAGCCAAUCGCAGCGCUGCUCGCCUCCCAUCGGACAGUAGAAUGUAGCGACGAGAGACUGUAGCUGCUCCUCAAAUGGCACCCUCCUCCCUUGUUUCUUUGUUUGUUUUUGCAGCGCCCAGCGAGGCGCUUCCUUUCGGACUGUAGGGUGUCCGAUUUGAGACUUGCACAGCAGAGUCCACUCUCACUAUCCAGACUUGUUAUUUACUAUAAUUAUGUUAACUACUAAUCAACAUUUGAGCCUGUCGUUUUUUGAGCACAAACAGAAAAGAAAUUGGAAAAAAAUGUUUUUUUUUAAGAAAUUGGGACGACUUGACAGGCAGAGCUGAGGGUGUGGAGGUUUGAUGGAGGUGUAACCACAUGAAGGGUUAAACACUUGUGAAGAAAAACAAAUGAAGAAGAAAGAAGAAGACAAACCCCCUGCCUAGGGAGAGAGGGACGCUUCCUCUCUGAACUCUCGGUGGCCUUGGAACGCUGUAGGACAACUACUUCCUUAGCUAUGGGAAGGAUAUUACUGCAAUAACUAGCAUAGAAAUAUUAACAGUAUAGAAAAGAUAUAACUUAUAGCACUGUUUUUUUUAAGCUCAUUGUCCAUUAUCACCACUUGCUGCCUGAGACGUCGAACUGAAAGAACUUGACGGCGCCGACGCCCACGAGACAGACUCCAAAAAACAAAAGUCGACCCGAGCCGGGCGUGGUGGCUUUCACGAGACUCCACGUUCACGCAGGAUCGAGUUAGCAUAGCAUUGGCUUCAGUAACAAUAGCAACAAGCUACUUUAAGGGUUACAUUCUGAUUGUUAUAGGUCUUUUAUGUCAGAGCAACUUUCUUCCUCACUAUCCUGGUAAGGGCCGAUCACACCGAGACGCGUCGCUAGAAACUAGAAAGUGUCGCUAAAAACGUGUUGCUAGAA